GGCCCGAGGUCCGAGGCAGCGCCGAGAGCACCAGCCAGUCUGAUCGCGGGCCCGUCGCGCGGGGGCUGGGCCGCGAGCGGAUGGCUGCCGCCAGCGCCCUCGCCGCGCGGCACCGCUGCGCCGCCGCGGCGCGGACGCUGGUGUCCUCGAGCGGUGAGCGGUCGCGGCCGCGCUGGGGUGACGGCGCCCUCGGCGGCCUCUCCAGGGUGCCGGCGCGGAGGUACCUGGUGACGGGCGCGGACGUGGAGACGUACCGGCGGGACGGCGUCGUGUGUCUCCGCGGGGCUUUCGGGUCCCACUGGCUGGAGGUGAUGAGGGCCGCGUUCUCAGACGCCAUGGAUCGGCCCGGCACUUACGCCGAGUUCAUCGGCAAGGACACCACCUGGAACACGCUCUUCGAGGCGGGCGCUGAGCGGCGCGAGCUUGCCAUGUUUCAGGACCAGGUGUUUUUCCAGGAUGCUGUCCAGCGUGUUCCUGCUUUAGCCGACGUUGCACUGAGGUCUCCCGCAGCGGAGAUGAUCGCAAGGCUCAUGGGCUCCACAACAGCGGCGUUCUUCUAUCAUCACUUGAUCAUGAAACGUGGCCCCACGGAGCAGCCCAUACCGUGGCAUCAGGAUUUGCCCUACUGGAAAGUCGAUGGGAAUCAGAUUGGCUCGGUAUGGAUUGCCCUGGACGACAUGCCAGCCUCGGCGAACGUCAGGUACGUGGCAGGCUCACACACAUGGGGGCUCUUUCGGCCUCAGCACUUUGUCGAUGCGACGCCCUACGAAGGGCGCGCCGAGCUCCCCAGUUUGCCAGACGUUGACGGGAUGCUGCGUGACGGGCGGGUGCGUGCUGUGGCGUUCGACGUCGCAGCAGGCGACGCGCUGUGCUUCGACUCGCGCAUCGUCCACGGCUCCCCGGGGGGCCGCGGCGCACCUGGGGGCGACAUGCGGCGGGUCGCGCUGCGGUUCGGCGGCGACGAUGCCACGUACUGCGACCGCCAGGGCGAGACCGCGAUCCUCGGGGGUCGUCAUCUCACCACCUCACCCAUGCUGGUGGGGCCCAUCCCGGGCCCAGGAUCGGUGUCUACGCCCCUGGCCAAGCCAGCAAGGCACAUACAGUAGGUCUGCGUCGUGCCGACGCUGCAGUGACCCC